AAUGUAUUAAAAUGAUGAAGACAGGCUUGCAGAAUUACAAAGAGAAAUAAAAGAAUGUUUGGAUGCACUUGAACAUAUUACUAAGACUCCCUAUCCAUAUUCAAAUUCUAUAUUAUAACUUUAUCAGGAUCUAAAUAAAUCUUUAAAAAAACUAUUUAUAAAAUCAGCUAAAUUGAAAGAGUAAAGUAUAAUUCCAAAUAAUGAAAUGUCAUUAAUAUAUUGUGAUAACUCAUUGGAACUCUAAUCAAUAAUAUACAACAAUGAAGUGCAAUAAGUUUGUUAACUAAAUCACAAGGACAUUGAAAAAAAAUAACUUAAUUUGAAAUCUAUGUACUCUUUUGCAAAAGAACAUCCCUAUUUGGAUGAUAAAAAGAAAAAAAGAAGAAAAUGA